AUCAGAAAAAGAAUUUUUUUUAAAAAAAACGUUAAAGAUGGUUCAUAACGAAACAAACAAUGGCUUCAAAGCCAAUACAGCAAAUUCUGCAGCUUCCAAUAAUACUACAUAUCUUGACCCGAAACAAGCAAAAAAUUAUUUGAAGGAAUAUUCUUCACCAGAUGGAUUAUCAGCAGAGGAAAUAAUGAAUAGUAUAGUAAAUGGAGGGUUAACAUAUAACGAUUUUUUAAUACUACCAGGAUACAUUGAUUUCCCCGCAUCGGAAGUUUCUUUAGAAUCAAGAAUAACUAGGAAUAUUGUAUUAAAAACUCCUUUUAUGAGCUCUCCUAUGGAUACUGUAACUGAAACCGAUAUGGCUAUAAACAUGGCCUUGCUUGGUGGAGUUGGGGUUAUUCAUUGUAAUUGUUCACCUGAGGAACAAGCUGAAAUGGUUAGAAAAGUUAAAAAAUUUGAGAAUGGAUUUAUUACAGAUCCUGUUUGUUUAACCCCGAAUCACACUGUUGCUGAUGUGCGUAGAAUUAAAGCUCAGUUUGGUUAUAGUGGUAUUCCCAUCACUGCUAACGGGAAAUUAUAUAGCAUACUUUUAGGUAUGGUCACAGCAAGAGAUAUUCAAUUUCACGAAGACGAUAAUACAUUACUAAAAGACGUAAUGACAACGGAUUUGGUAGUUGCGCAUGAAGGAGUAACAUUAGAAGAAGCUAAUCAAAUUCUGCGUCAAAGUAAACGCGGAAAAUUGCCAAUAAUAAAUCAAAGAGGAGAAUUGGUGGCAUUAUUAGCACGUAGUGAUUUAUUGAAAAAUUUAAAUUUUCCCUUGGCAUCAAAGUCAGCGCAUUCAAAACAAUUAAUUUGUGCAGCAGCAAUCGGUACAAAACCGGACGAUAAAUUACGUCUAAAAAAAUUAGUAGAUGCUGGUUUGGACAUAGUGGUAUUAGAUUCUAGCCAAGGAAAUAGUUCAUUUCAAAUUGAAAUGAUUAAACAUAUUAAAAAUACUUAUGGGGAUAGUUUGGAAGUUAUCGCUGGUAAUGUUGUUACCAGAGAACAAGCUGCUGCUUUAAUUGAAGCUGGCGCCGACGCUUUAAGGGUUGGUAUGGGUAGUGGUAGUAUUUGCAUAACUCAAGAAGUAAUGGCCGUUGGAAGACCACAAGGAACAGCAGUAUAUAAUGUAGCAGAAUUUGCAAAUAAAUUUGGUAUACCAGUAAUAGCGGAUGGAGGUAUACAAAAUGUAGGUCAUAUAACAAAAGCACUAGCAUUAGGUGCAUCUGCAGUAAUGAUGGGUAGUUUACUAGCUGGAGCAACUGAAUCACCAGGAGAAUAUUUUUAUCAUGAAGGACAACGAUUGAAAAAAUAUAGAGGUAUGGGCUCAUUAGAUGCAAUGGAACGUCGCACUCCAGGAACAUCUGGUGCUCCUAAUAAUGCAGCUAAAAGAUAUUUUAGUGAAAGAGAUGUAAUUAAAGUAGCUCAAGGUGUUGCUGGUGCUGUCAUUGAUAAAGGUAGUAUUAGAAAAUUUGUUCCUUAUCUUAUCACCGGUCUUCAACAUGGAUUGCAAGAUAUUGGUGCAAGAAAUUUAGCUACUUUGGGAGAGAAUGUUAGGAGUGGUAAAAUUAGAUUUGAAUUAAGAACUGCUGCUGCUCAAAUUGAAGGGGGUGUUCAUGGUUUAUACUCAUACGAAAAACGUCUUUUCUCUUAAGUAUAAUAUCUUACUAAAUUUGAAAUUAUGAAAUAUACUUUGGAGUUAAAAUUAUUUUAUUAGAAAUUAUUAAAUUUAUAAAUUUACUAAUUAUUAAAUACGAAAAAAAAAGGAAUAAAAUUAAACAAAUAGCAAUUUUACAAGUUUAA